AUGAUGAUAAAUGCGCAACAAUGGCAAAUCCUACCACCCGAUCUGGUGGAGCUUCAAAUUGGCCAGGUCGACCUUUUGCUGGCUAUGUACCCUGAAGAAAUUACUUUCGAUGAAAAUUCUCAAGGAAUACUAGAUAUCUUGCGCGACACCGAUGAUGUCAGGUCUAGAACCGCUGUCAAACUGACUCCAAGUAUCUCGCUCUUCCUUGAUCUGCCGAUCACAAUUGCCGAAGAAGCUGCUCCAGAUUCGAAGUCGUUGCGCUUAGACAUCGGAGUACCGUUUGCGUAUAGUGGGAACGUUGCGCCUUCUGAAUCACCAUCGGUUAAAGUUCGCGUGCAACAACCGAAUUGGAUGAGCAAAGCCGCGACCUCACAGUUGACAGCGGAUAUUCCGGAAGAUGAAGACCUAUUGGGUACCAUUGAGUUCAUUCGAGAAGCGGCAGUCGAAUACCUCGUGAAUAUCGAGACGAAGGAUAUGACCCUAGACACCGAUACCGUGGACUCCGGACCGCUGGUAAGAGUGUGGUUCUAUUUUCCGUCGAUCAGUACGCGUUCCAAGCGCGACGACUUCAUCAAGUACGCGCCGUCCUACCAGCUAACCGGCUUCCUCUAUGCUGGCAAACCCGGUCUACUCUGCGUCGAAGGUGGGUCGCAAAGCAUCGAUGACUACAUGAAAUUUAUCAAGACGGAAAGCUGGGGCGAUAUACCCGCACAUCACAAGAAGGUUAGCGAGCGUCAUCGAGAAGAGUGCGAGAAGAGGGUGUUUCCAGACAUGACCGAAAUUACAGAUACGGUUGGUGAAAGACGCGGUCAAAGAGCGAACAGAGGGGAUAUGAAGGCGAUCGAAGAGUGGCUUGUGGAAAGAGGCCUCGGUGACGCUUUUACCAAGGUUUUAAUGUAG